AUGAAUGAUAACGUUUAUCGAAAAGAGGAUAGUGUACGCCUAGCACCUUCUGUUUCUGAUAAAACAUGGCAUGGAACUCAUACUUUUGAUAAUAUUGAUUGCGGUAGUUGUGUUAGACAAAAUGGAGGGAGCAUGAAUGGUGAACAAAUGAGCAUAGCAGGAAGCAUUGUAAAACGAUGUUUGGCUAGCAAGGAGCUGCAACUGAUGCCUUGGUACCAUGGUAAUAUUACUCGAGAGCAUACUGAAAAAAUAUUGGCAAGACGAGCUGAUGGGACAUUUCUUGUUCGUGAUUCUACCAACUUUCCCGGCGAUUUUACAUUAUGCAUGGCUUAUAAUGGAAAGGUGGAGCAUUACAGAAUUUAUCAGUUAAAUGGUGUUCUAACAUGUGAUCAUGAAGAAAAUUUCGUGAAUUUGACACAAUUGAUAGCCCAUUACAAACGUGAUGCAGAUGGUUUAUGCCAUCGUCUCAUAACUCCUGUAAUCAGUGACAAUUACCGGAUUGCUAGAGAUUGCGUUUCUGUAGAAGAUCGUGUACGCCUUUUUCGUGAGGCCUCGUUGAUUAUCGGACGCAAUGAAAUACGACUUGGUGAUAUCAUUGGUCAUGGAGAAUUUGGUGAUGUACUUUUGGGGGAUUACGAAAGUCAAAAAGUCGCAGUCAAAGUUUUGAAACGAAGCGCUAUGGUACAAUCGUUAUUGGAUGAAGCGAAAUUUAUGAUUGGUCUGAAACAUGUAAAUUUGGUCGCCCUGCUUGGUGUUGUAAUUGAUGAUACCAGGGAAAUGUUUAUGGUGACGGAAUAUAUGGCAAACGGAAAUCUAGUCGAUUUUCUGCGUUCACGCGGACGCCAUCAAGUAGAAAAGUUACAACUGACUCAGUUUGCUCUUGAUAUCUGUGAAGGAAUGAAGUUUCUUGAAAUGAAGAGCGUAGUGCAUCGUGACCUUGCCGCAAGAAAUGUGCUGCUAGAUGAUGGAUUAACUGCAAAAAUAAGUGAUUUUGGGCUAGCAAAGUAUCAGAAUGACUGCGAGUAUGCAGAAAACGUUCUUAGCAAAUUUCCAAUCAAAUGGACUGCACCUGAAGCUCUUCGAUAUAGUGUAACUUUUUCUUCAACGGUUAAAACGAAGAAAUUUUCUACAAAAAGCGACGUGUGGUCAUUUGGAGUAUUGCUGUGGGAAAUAUUUUCUUAUGGCAGAGUGCCUUAUCCACGUAUUGAUAAUGUAGCAGGAUAUCGAAAGUUGAAAAAGUAUCAUUUUCAGCCAAUCCAAGAUGUCGUUAGGCAUAUCGAAAAAGGUUAUCGAAUGGAAUCACCAGAAGGAUGUCCGAGUGAGAUAUCACGUUUGAUGAAUGAUGUCUGGAUGCUGGAACCGUCUGCUAGACCUUCCUUUAGUACCGUAUUACAAAGGCUGAAACUUAUUUACGCAGAUAUUUCUUCUGUGAUUCACUCAUAA